CAGACUCAACCAUGGAUGCCAUCUCCUUACACAAGAUUCAAAUCUCCGGCCCAACCCUUGCCUCCUUGAUCCAACGUGUUUCCUCCGCUGCCGGCGAUGUCGACGGCCUACUCUUCGGCCGUGUAAGCCACAUCACCCCCUUAACUCUCUCCGACGAUUCUUCCGCCGCUACCACCUCCGAUCAACCAACUCUCAUCGCAACUGUCACCUCUUUCUUUUCCUUCACCUCUACCUCCACAUUCUACUCCGCUUCCGGCCAACUCGACACACCAGCACUCAACAACCUUCUCUCCACCUCAUCUUCCGACGAUCGCCUCAUCGGCUGGUUCUCCGGCCGCCGUAAAACCCACCUCCGGCCAUCCAUGAGAGAAAGCUCCGUCACCUCUGCUCUCGCAUCCAGUAUCCAGUUCUCUUCCCAAGUCCAAAACUCUCAUGAAUCUCACACUUUCCCCCCUUGCAUUUUCUUCCUCCUAACGACGCCGUUCCAGGACCAAUUAAUCCACACCCAUGAAUACAAAGCUUUUCAGUUUCAAUCGUCAACUGAUUCCUUUGACCCCAAAACCCUAGAUGUGGUGAAUUUGGGUCCAGCUUUCCGAGGUCAUUACGGUAACUUCACACCCAACUCUCCGUUUCCCGAUCUGCCAUUCCAGGUGAAGGGUUUAAAUUGUGAGUCUAUGGUUGAAGAUGAGGGUGAAAAGGAGAAGGAAAAGUUUGGAACAUUAUGUGAUGAAGGGUUCAAAAUUGGGAGAUUGAAAAUUUUAAUGGGUUCAGAGGCAGCUAAUUACACUGCUGAAUUGGAGGAGUUGUAUAAUAAUAUGAUCAAGAAAUUGAAUGGACUGGCUAAGCUUGUUGAACAAUCGUCUGCUAGGGUUCUUGAACAGGAAAAUCAUAAUAUGAAGUUGAGGUACAAAGUGGCAGGAUUUGAAUGACGUUCAUGUGUUCUGUUUUGCUCCUUGAGGUUUGUGAAGCGAGAAAUUAUUGAGUCGAAAACUGGAAGUUGGUCUCGUAAAAUUCAACUAGUUUUUGAAAAACCUGCUGUUGUUUUAGUUGGCAAAAACCAGGAUUCGUGCUGUGUAUACUUUUCUGGUGUGCCUCUAAAUCGUCAACAAGUUUCUUCUGUGUAGGUUUUCUAUAUGAUUUGAAGCCAUUUACUGUCAUCAGAGGGAAACCGUUUCUCGUUCUUGGUUCUGAAUUGCAAGUUUAUAAGCAUUUUGAGGUUG